GCCAGAGUCUCGGUGCACAAGCGACCGAAUUCACCCGAAGGAAAACAAACUCGUCGAAGUGAGACGCAGUAAACUUCGUCGUUUUUUAUUUCAAUUUCCCUAUUUACUCGAGAUCGGGGAGGCAGGAGGGGCAAAGGAGAAGUUAUGAGGUGAUAUGUUGUAGCAACUGCAGGCAAAAUGCUUUACGUAUUUCUUGUGGAUACAGGGACCAUGAUGACCUUUGACAUGAACUUGGCACUGGAAAACGUGUCGGUUCUGAAGGAGGUCAUUCACCGGUCCAUGAAGGUACCCCCAGAGAAGCAGGUCCUGCUCAUCUCUGGGGGUGAGGCUCUCGACCCCAGCCUCCGUGUGUGUCAGUACUCAGCUGGAACAGAUACCAACCCUAUUUUCCUCUUCUCUAAAUCCACAAUAGAGGGGCAAAAUCCUCCAUCGCCAAGCAUUGACUAUGGCUCUGACACUGAUCUACAGGACCAGGUUGAAGGCGCCCUUAACAUGCCAGCCAGUUACAACACAGUGGUGGCUCGAGCCCAGCUUGCGCAGCAGUUCCACGAGCACUCAAGAGAUCAGACGAGAAUAUGCCAGCAGCUAGUUCAUGAUCAGCACUUGCAGCAGCAGGGUUGGGCUGCAGUAGUAGCAAAUCUUGAAGAUAUUGUUGCAGCAUUUAAAACACGUUUUGAAAGCUUUGAGCAAAGCUUCAAUGAUUACUUGAAAGGUCGCGAAGAGAAGUUCACUAUCCUGGAGAAUUUUGAUGAAGAUCUCAAGUUGCUGUCCAGAAUACCAGUCCUCCCAGCUCUUCUGGGACACACAAAGAAGGCAACUGAGGAAGGAAAACUGGCUGAGGACACAGAGAAUGAGGAAAGAAAAGUAGAUAAAGGAAAAGAUGAUGAUGACAGCUUUGAAACUCAAGUCGGCAUGAGUCUCCUAGAAUGGAUUAGCGCAAAAGACAGCCAGAACGAUGUAGAAAAGAUAGCACAACUUUGCUUUAGAGGCCUUACUCAGAUAAAUGAUGGAAUGCUGACACAGCUGGCAGGGGAGGUGAAUUCUGUGGUCCGCGAGGCCGACCGUCCCGAGAUGAAGGAGAUAAAAGGACUUGGGGACCGACUCUUUGGCCUGGAGCAACUCAUGCACGAAGCCAACAAGAUAGUCCAGGAACAGAACAACUUCGCUCAGGCACUUUUGCAAAACCAAAACAGAGCUGGAAAAGUCAAUGAUCCCUCCAUCUUCCCGGACCUCUGUACCUCACACCGUAGAAACCUCAUGCACAUGCUCAAGAACCAUCAACGGGUACAAGACAUCAAGAGGAGAUGCAUAAAGGCUAAAGAAGAACUGUCUGAAAAUUUGCAUGUCAGACUGAAGUGGAUCAUGUACAUAGAGAAGAAGUUGUACGAACUGGACAACAAGCUGAGUAUGCAUCGUGAAAAUGUUCGGCGACUGACUGGGCUCUUGCAAGUGGUUGAGCAGAUCCAUCGUGCUCCCCGAGUGUAUGUUGGUGCCAUCACAGAAGUGGCACGACGGCAUGCUUUCUCGCAGGCUUUUGUGCAGUGGGCAACAGCACUUAGUGUGGAAAGUAGCGAGGUAUGGCAACGAGAGGUAACUACCAGGAGACAGUUCUUGCAACAGUUCUCGUCGCAUUUCCUCACUAGCCUCUUCCCUGGCCUGGAUGACCUUCCUCCUGACUUUGCAACUCAGCCUCCAGACAAAUUUGAUGACACACUGCCAAAGUUAACAGGAGAAGACAUAGAACAGCUGCGAUCUGUGCUGCCUGAAUUGGCUUCUCUCCUAUUUGUGGGAGAAGUUGUGGCAGUGCCUCCCUUGCUACAGACAGCUUUAAAUGGAAGACAUACACAAACUCCAAGAAGUAGUGGUACUUUUGUCAAGGAAGGCAGUGGUGAUGUUUAUGCCUCUGCUGUGACUACAGCUAACUCAGCAACCCCACGCAACACUCCUGAUCGUGAUGCAGUUUCUAGAGGGCAACCUGUGCGGCCUUCAUCUCUUUCAAGAGAGCACCAAGAGUCAGAGACAGACACUGAAGAGUUUGAGAAGGUUGGAUGUAGUGCUGGGAGUGAUGGCACUUUUUCUCCUAUGGAGGUUAUGCCAGAGGGUCGGGGAUCUGUGAAAACAAAGCACCACUUCCCAACACAGACAAGUGAUUCUAAACACAUCAAGCUCGAUGGAGGCUCUGCACAGCUGCCAGGAACUGCACAGGAGGAGCUAAGGCAGGGGAGCGUAGCUGCAGUGCCCCCCAGAGAUACCCCGCAGAGCCCCGAGUCUGUGGUGACCUCCCAGGAGUUUGUCACGGCUGAAUUCUACAUUGAUGAGUCGAUGCCCUCCAGCUAUACGGAGAGCAAUGGCACGACGGGGACGACGGCUUCCAGCACCUGGCACCCACCGCUGGUGAAGACCCACCACGUCAUCACCGCAGAGUUGCAGAAACAGCUAGAGGACAAAGACACUGCCAUUUUCUCGCUACAGAGUGACCUGAACCAGGCAAAGGAUGAAGUGGACAGAUUGCAACAACGACUCAAUGCCUUGGCCUCCCUGGACUGUAAGGAUGCAGUCGUCAGUCUCAAAAGGGAGUUGGCAUCUCUCAGGGGAAAGGUUCGUGAUGAAGGAGCAACUUAUGUCAACUAUAUCUCAGAGUUGUCCUCUCGUCUCCUAGAUGUGUUGUUACAGAUACAAGUUCAGACGUCAGCGGAGCAAAAUGCAGCAGUCAAUGAGGCUGUCACGUUAGCCAGGGCAGAUAAGGACAAGUUGCAGGAGCAGUUGCAGGGAACGCUGGACUUGCAGGCCCACAAACUCUCAGAUGCCCAGCGUGAAAUUGAAAUGUACCAAGAGCAGUUACACCGACACCAGGAAAACCUACAGCAAACAACUGCCGAGUUUGAGGAAGUGAAAAGAGCUUUGAUAGAGGAAAAGAACGAGGCAGUGAAGCAGCUGAGCCUGGAGCACGAGUUAGAAAUGGUGGCCAUGAAGGAGCGAUGGCAAGAAGAGGACUCCUCGCGACAGGAGGAACUCACGUCCUUAACUCAGAAACUGAAGGGCCUUGAGGAGGUCCUACAGCGGGCGGAGAGCGACCGAAAUGAGCUGGAGAAGAACUUCCAGGAGCGGUUCGAGGCUCACUUCCAGGAGGAGAAGGAUAAGAUCGUGCAGAUUUUGGAGGUGAGCUUCAGUGAGCGCGAGAAGAAAGCCCUGGAGAGCCUGAAGGAACAGCUGACCCGCGAACACCAGAAGGAAGUGAGCAGACUGCUAAGUGAAAAGGAAGAGGCUCUGAGGUGUGCGUGUGAGGAGGUCCGGGUGAAGCUGGUUGCAGAGUGGAGAGAGGUAGUGGAUAAGCAGCACAAAGAUCUCAGUGAGAAGCAUGCAGCAGACCUUGCUAAGUGUAAGGAACAGUGGGACCAGGAAAAACAGGCAGAGAUUGCUACCAAAGUUGCUGAAAUUGAGACCCGAUGGCGGGAAGAAAAGGACACAGAGAUUGAGCGUGUGAGACAGCAAUACAAAAUGGAGCUUGAGGGUCUGCGGUCACGAUUUAGAAUGAUGACCACCGCCAGCAUGGACAAAUCACCUUCAGAAACAUCGUUGGAGAAGUUUGAGCGUGGUGAGUUUAUGGACUGACGAGAACCGGUUCCGCGUUCCGAAGGGCACCAAGUUCUACCGCGUGAUGGCCAAGCCAUGGGAUAGCGAGGACACCUCACGAAGAGAUGGGAAGAAGGAGUCCCAGCAGGCAUCUCCUACCCAGUAGUAGCAGCAUCCUACUCCGGCAUCAUCCCAUCUCCCUUCCUCCGCCCCUCGAGGAUCCCCAGGAUGCAUCUUCUUCAUCACUCUGUCCCUGGCUUUGAGAAAUAGGACACGGCCGACCAAGACCCAUGGGGGAGCAUGGCGGAGCAGCAGCACCUUCGACCGUCAUCUUCUUGACACGUGGACUUUGUUUGUAUCGUGACUCGUUCCAUGUCAUUGCAACAUUCUGUAAACAUCGCCCUUCAUUACUGUCUGACAUCUUUCACAACAUCGCUGUUUCAUUUUCAUCAUUACAUUGUGACAGCCUUCCUUCGUGACACUUGACAUUUUUCCUGACAGAGACAGCUUUCCUAACUUUACAGUAAUAUUAUUGAUGAUAGAAAAAAACUUGGGAUAUCCAUUUCUUCUUUCUAUGGUAGUUUUUUCUAACAUUAUCAGAACUUCAUUCGUAACACUUCAACAUAAACCGUUAAAAACUGGUAGUCUUAACAGUGUUUUUCACUUACACUCAGAGACAAACAUACUAAUAUUUCACAUUAUCUUUUAAUUUAUAGUUCUCCAUUCAUCUAUUUACUCCUUUGUUUUAUGUUCAAUCAGAUUGUCUUCAGACUUCCCCUCCUCUCAUAUAUAUUAUGCAAUAAUAUGUAGAACAAGAGGCAAAGAUGGCAACUUAAAAAAAAGGGAAUGAUACAUGAAUAGUUUUUUGGAUUAAAAAAAAAAUUGAGCAUCAUAUUAACAAUUAACGAAAGACCUGCGUAUGAAGUCAAUGCUUGUGUGUUUGUUUUGCCUAAGAUUACCUGCCAUUGUAGCCCACAACCAUCUCGACUUGUCUUCGCUCUCUGGAUGCAGCUUCUUAGACAAUUUCUUCGCACCAAUUUUUUUUUCCAGGUCUGCUUCAAUUCAUUUUCUGGCCAAAUAGAUGAUCAGAGAUAAAUGAAAAAGUAUUUCAAGGAUGUAAUUCAUGUAUUUUUACAAGGAAUCCAGUUAGAAGCAUGUAACAUUUGUAAUGCAGUGAGAAGAAUUUUUAAUAAAGGGUGUUUUUAAAAAGGAUAUGACUGUAGUUGCUCCUUGAAAUAUGACAGGAAUGAGUACCACAUUUUAUUAGAAUUUCAUAGCAAUAGCACGUGGAUGCUUUAUAGAGAUUAAAAAUUACUCUUUUAUUAAUUUAUCAUGCAGUAAAUCUUACUGUUUAAUUUCAUGAACUAAAAGAAGUUAAUUUUAAUUCCACUCAGUCACUUCAUUGUGACACAUUUAAACCUUGUAAAUAUAAAAGAAAUAGGAAUAUUAAAGUCAAUAUUUAACCGAACAGAAAGGUCGUUUAUAACUGACUUUCUUGUGAUGUUAUUUUUAACUUGCAUAACUGCGUCAGUGAAAAUCCUAGUUUUUUAUACAGAUUGAAGAUAGAUAUUAACAUCUUCCCAUAACACUUGUACUGCCUGCCUAAGUAUUACCUCUGUGAAAGAUGACCCUUUGGUUAUUGUCGGAAGGGGGCUCGAGUGUGGCAGUAAUGUACCUGUGUUUUUUUUAUCAUGUAGAUUAUGUAUCAUGGAACUCAGACCCAGAAUCCAUCAUAGCUUGUACAAUAAUGAGCAGAUAAUCCUUACAUAGGUAUAACGGUAGGUAGAAACUAGCCUUUGACUCGUUUUCCGACAAGUAUAAAAUUCAAGUUAAAUUGUGUAUAAAAUAUCCAACAAGUUCAUCAAGUUAUUACAUACCUGAAAAAAAAAAAUCAAGAUAUAUUUCCCUAUAGAUUUAUCCAUUUUGGAAUGUAUGCGUGGGUUAAUUGUGGUACGGCAAUGGGUAUUCCUUGAUAGCAAAUUACCUGUGUCUUCUGAUGGCUAUAUUACUUGUUUGCAAAUCAAAUCAAAUCCAUUUGUCCUUUUAAAGGAAGACAUAUUUUAUUAGGUAACGAGAAUAAGAAAAUGGAUUCAAUAGUGUAAUUUACAUAGUGCAAAGUUUGGUUUUUGUUUGAGUAUGCUGUACAAUAUUUUUGCACAAAUAUCCACUUUGCAUAAUCGGGCUGAAUGGCGAAAGAUAGGGUUUGGCAAAUAUAUAAAUAUAUACAUUUGAAUUUUGUAAAGGCAGAGAAUUUUUAAUAAAUGCAACACGAAACCCAAGAAGCAGUUAUUUUCUAAUGUGUCACAUAAAACGUCUAAAUUUCUACUUACCUCUCUUCAACCAAGGUCAUUCAUUUCCAUGUAAGCAGUCGAACCUUACCAUGUUCAGUUACAUUUGACUGUGCUAUCAUUCAUGAAUACAGUGGGACCUGUUUUGGCUAUAAACCAUGAGCAUAGUUGGCAUCCUGUGUCCCAGACCAGCCACAGUCCGGGCUAUCUGUGUCAGUCUUUUAAUCUCUUACUGAUGUUAAAACACAAGGAAAGACUUUAUUCCAGACUCUAUCAAGCUGUCACUUCCUACAGCGCUCUUUUUGUGUUAUAAAGGAAAAGAGGUUUUUCUAAAAAAAAAAAAGUAUUGUUAGGAUGUAACUGUAUUUGCUGUUUGAUAAUAAGCUGGAUUCGUAAAGAGCUUUUGACAUACGGAACUGGAUCGUAUAUAUAAGCUUAAGCUGAUGAUCUGUAAAUAGAAAACUGGAUAUAUAUAGUAUACAUACAUAUAUAUACAUAUAUAUAUAUAUUUGUAACACAUUUCCACAGUAUGUGCUGAGAGCAAGUGUAUUAGAUAUGUUUGAACAAUGUGGAGUGGAUGAGAUCUCUGUUUUAGUCAUUUAUUUUCGAAAGCAGUUGUUUCUGUGAGGCUUAAGAAUAUCCCAACACUCCAUACGUUUUGUUAGGCUGAUCUCACCCGCAAACACCUCAUCUGCUGAGGAAGUACAAGUUGCUAAUAGUUUGUCAGUUGAUACUUAGGCAGUUUAGCUCGACACUUCCUAGAAAAAAAUACGCCAUAUAAAGUAGGGAAGCUGAUCGAAGUAUCAGUCUGCAAUUAUAAUGCAGGUCAUCAUUUAACUGAGAUCGAAAACUAAUUGGCUUGGCUCCUCUCUGCAUGAGACUGGCUUCAUAGAAAGGUAAUAACACUUACCAACUUGUCUGUCAGCUGUGCUCCGUAGGGGGUGGACUCCCUGCUCAGCUGACAAGAGGCUGUCGCAUUUAUCAUUGAGCUGAGUUAGCAAUAUUUAUUUUUCUCAUCUUCUGACUGACCGCGCCGAACAGCCUGAAAUAGUAAGAAAUAGUUUCCCGGUGGUACAAAUUGUGAUUCAUGUUGUCCUUAUUUUCCCCUCACCCGUUUCCUAGAUUGGUACAAGCACUUGAAUGUGGUUUAAGUUGCAGAGAGAGAAGUAACGAGCAUCUAUUUUGAUUCAAGUCGUGCCAGUUAUUUUGUAUAAUGUGUGGAUAAGAAUCUUCGAGCUAUUGCAUACCGACAGAGAGAGAGGAGAGAGAGAGAGAGAGAGAGAGAGAGAGAGAGAGAGAGAGAGAGAGAGAGAGAGAGAGAGAGAGAGAAUAUAUCAGGCUACAUUGAUCAUUCUGAUGAAGAGGUGUUUAGAGAUCUAAAAUAUCAGUCGGUAACAUCUUCCAUAAACUUUUUUUUUUUCUCGCUCUCGGUAAACCGUUGUAUGUUUCUCUUGUUUUUUAACCAACACAUUGGGUGCAGGAGAGUGUUCUUCUAUCUCGUUUCUUGAUUGCUCUGUACUUUUAGCAUGCACGAAUAUCACGUUUUGUAUUUGCAGGAUGUUAUUUGCCUUUCAGUGAUUGUAAUGAGUGAGGUGUGCAUUGUAUACAGUGUAUUAAACAAUCUUUUCAUUACGCUUUUCCAUGAGUACUGAGGUAAAUAAAAAUGAUUAUGAAUAA